AUGGACGUGACUUCACAACCAGCUGCUGAAUCCGACGGCAGCGGUACCGUCGCCGAGCGGACAGAGGCGCCGCCGGCUUACGCUUCGAUGGUGGAUCCGUUUUUGGUGGAGGCCCUGCAGAACCCUCGUCAUCGAUUGACGAUUUUGCGGAUGGAGCUCGAUAUUCAGAAAUUCCUUCAAAACUCUAAUCUACAUCAGUUUGAGUUUCCACACUUUCCUACUUCUUACCUCCGUCUUGCAGCCCACCGAGUUGCUCAACAUUAUGGCCUGCAGACUAUGGUUCAGGACUGCUCUGUCGAUGGCCAGGGUAUUCGGAUUUUGGUCAUAAAAAAACCCGAGAGCAAAUUCCCUGCCUUUUGCCUGUCGAACGUACCGGCUAAUGAGUUUGAAACCAACAAACUUGACAAAAUCAAGAUUGUCCUAAAGCCAAGGCCCAAAGCUUCUCUAAACGAUGCCAGUGAAUUGGGGCAUAAUAAACACAGUUCAGCAAGAUCGGUUGAGGAGAGGAAGGAGGAUUACGACAAAGCCCGUGCUCGCAUAUUUAGUAGCUCUGAAUUAGGAGACAUGUCGGCCCAAGUUGUUUCUGAUGGAAGGAAUUUGAAUGCCAAUGAGGAUGAAGUUUCUAGAAGCUUUGGUGUGGAUGGGGACAAAAGUAUCAGGGAAAUAGGUAGUAGUUCUUCUAGGGUAGCAGUUUUUAGGGACAGGGAGAAAGAUCGAACAGACCCUGACUAUGACCGCAGUUAUGACAGAUAUGUCAAGAGCAUGCCAAUCAUGCAGAGUUUCAAUCCAACACCAUUUAAUGCUCCCAGUUUCCAGUCUCCACUUGUUCAUUAUGACUCGUUUUUUCCUCAACUGGGCCAGAUGCAUGGGCCUCAACCUUCUCUCAACUACAAUAGCCCUGUAAUGAGCCCGUACUGUGCCGUGGGCUUCAAUCAGACUUCCAGGGAUCCAUUGUAUGUGCAGUGGCCCACUCAGUCCAUGAUGUAUGCCCAAUCAUAUGAUCAUAUAAGGCAUGGCUACUUUCAGGCUCCCUUCUGUCAGCAGCCGCUCAGUUUUGAUUACCCCCAGAAUCAACGGUGA